UUUGUUUUUGAGUGGUGAUUUGACAGUGGCCUCGAUGCUGAUGAAAAUUCACUGAAAUAUGGAAGACAGGCCACUCCAGCAUCAACCGACGGAAAAUACAGAAGUCAAUCAGGAUGAGCUGAUACUCCAACAACAAAGACGUAUUGAAAAAGAGAUAUCUGAGUCGAUAGCAUUUGUUGGGGAGAAGGAAUCAUUAAAGAGUCUGGAGCGUGAAUACGCCGAGGAUGAAGUCUACCUGUCUAAGGCAAAGGCUUUAGGACAAAAGUAUUCUUAUUUUCGAAGAACUAGGCCUGACGGUAACUGCUUCUUUAGAGCAUUUAGCUACGCUUACCUUGAAAGACUGAUUGAUAAUAAAGAAGAAUAUGAAAAGUUCAGAGAACUUGCGCUCAAGAGCAAGGAUAAUCUCGUGGCUCUAGGAUUUCCUCAAUUUACAGUGGAAGACUUCCAUGAUACGUUUAUGGAAGUAAUCGAUAAAGUAGGUGGGGAGCCAGAAUCGAGUCGACUUGAAUUACAUAAGCUAUUUAAUGAGCAAGGCUACUCGGACUACGUCGUUGUAUACCUAAGACUAAUAACUUCUGGUCAAUUGCAACGCGAAGCUGAUUUUUAUCAGCAUUUCAUAGAGGGAGAUCGAACUGUCACAGAGUUCUGCCAUCAGGAAGUAGAACCAAUGUUUAAAGAAUCUGAUCACAUCCACAUUAUCGCGAUGAGUACUGCACUAGGAACAGGGGUUCGCGUACGUUAUAUGGACCGAGGUGCAGGUACUGAAGUGACAGCACAUGAUUUCCCCGAAGGAGCAACACCAGCCGUCCACUUACUUUAUCGUCCUGGUCAUUAUGACAUUCUUUACCCCUGAUGUCCUGUACAAUCCUUAAUCCACCCCGACAGUUGUAACUUUUUUAGACAAAUUCUUUACGUUGAAACUUUUGGAUCUUACACAAAUCAAGUUUAGGAUGUAGCAGUAUGUAAUGUGGGAAAGGAAUCAAGGGAUUGGUUUACAAAAGGUAUCAAAAGAACAGUCUUGACUUUAACAUAAAUUUUGAGAUAUCUCUAACGAUAAGAUAAAAAUCCUCAAUUCUUUUUCAUAUAAAUCUGCUUAAUUACGGUGUGCUAAUUAAAGAAAAAACAUUUGCACGAAUGGCCGAUAUGUGUUAUUAAUUUUAUAUAAGAAUUUAGUGGGUUAUGCAAAGCUGUGACCCACAACAAAAAUUACAACUUAGUUGGUUUAUAAUAUUUUCUCGUUAGAAUACGAAUAUUUCUACAAGCCUACCAAAUUACUACAUUUACGCAAAUUUAUUAUACAUUAUUAGCUUGAUCGCUUCAUUUAAAUCACGUAAAGUUUCCACCCGAAAUGGUGCAUUUUUCAUUGGUAAAGGCAUGUUGCUUUGAAUGUCUCUCACCGAUUAUGUCUAAGUAUAUUACUUAAAUUUCUAAGUAUGGAAAGCUCAUAUCAGAAGUCACCCUUAAUGUUACUGAAAGUACAAUUGUUCAUCGCUACGAUGAAAUUUUAACUGACCGUUUCAUAUUUAAUUCCUUUGCUUGAAAUGAAGAUGACAAAUCUUUAUAACACCGAUACUUAGUGGUUUGUUCUGUAAUCUAAUCUCAGAAAAUCUGUUUUGAUUCUUUCUCAGGAAAUAUUGAAUUUAUUAGCAUGUUGUAUUGUGUAAUUAGUUUGUUAAAGAAAAUAAUGUAUUCUUUAACAUGCAACAUACAAAAAUUGAUUAGUACAUGAAGCUCGUUACUUGAA